UCGUAUAAAUUAUCCGUUAGCCAUUUUAGUCAUCACAUUUCGCUCCGUUUUUUUUUUCCAUCUUCAUAUCGUAUCUUAGUUCACCGGUGAAGGGGACGGCCACAAUUUGUUGAACCAACCACCGUUCUUGAUGCUUCUCCAUUACUUCCCAACUGCCAAGUGCUAACCAACCAUCAAUUCUGAAGCAAAUGAAGCCUCCAAUUAUCUCCUCUGCCCAAGCCAAGACUGUUCCUUUAACGCCGGGUUAUCUCAUUGCUAUACUUAAUUAAUGCGCCUUGCAUUUCCCACCAGUUUUGUUCCGUUGCAUCGGUAACUGUGUCUUUCUUUCUCCGUUGCUCUACCCUUUUACCCUUUUCUGGGUGUUUCUUUUUCUCUGAGCACCAGUUGUUCGACGAAAUGCCUGAGCCAUGCUCGUCUUCACCAACGUAUUCACCACUCCUUGUUUCAUCUUCCCAACCGAGUUUAGAUGUUUGAGCUCUUCCAUGUUACCCUCCAUUGCUUUUGUUCCUAACUCGAGAUGGGGAUGGAAUUCGUAUCAUAUGGUUGCCACGGAAAGGAGGUGUGCGCUUUUGUCUUCCAAAGGUAUGUUCUUUGGUUGUUCUGGGUUUGUGACGAGGUGUAAAGAUUUGGGUAGAGAAGGGGAUUUCUCGUUGGAGGCGGAGAUAUUGGAGUUUAUGAAAAGUUCAAGAGACUCUGAAGCGUUUCCGAGUAAGAAAGACUUGAUUGAGGGUGGCAGGGAGGAUUUGGUGGAUGCUAUUGUCAAGAAAGGUGGUUGGCUUUGUCUUGGAUGGGAUUUGAACGAAGAAGAAUAUGGGGGUAUUGGACAAUUCUGUCUCGAUGAACAGAAGUCUAUCUUCGACACUGAUUGGGAUAGUUUUAAGUGCGACGAAAGACAGAAAUAUACGACGCCUCUUUCUUCUAUUGCUUCGUCAGCUACAUCAUCUUCAUUCACCGGUAGAUCACUAGAAACUGAUGCUGAGCAUGAGUCUGGGAUUGAGGGUAUGCUGAAUCGAUUAGAAAAAGAAAGAAAUGCGACCUUUGGAGCUGGAAAAAAUUUGCAUCCUGAAACAACAGCAAUGGAGACAGUUGCCGAUCUACGAGGAAGCACUAUCAGCACACCACUGAGCGCCAAACAAGGAAAAUGGAGCGAUUUCGAGAGCUAUCUUACUCAAGGUUCUUCUUGCGUGAAAGUUAACGAUUUUGGAGGUUCUGUUAGUUCUGAGGUGCAGAGAAGUUGGAACACAGUCAAGACAGAUCUUGAAGAUGAAGAGUUUGAAGUUUCUGAAAUUGCUUUGAGCGGGAAGGUGUCGGAUGUUCUGAGGAAUGAAACACUAGGAUAUAGAGGGGAUCCUACCAAUUCAAACUCUGAGAAAGAAAUGAAUCACGAUCAACUACGACAUCACCUUCAGAACAUGGAGUUGGAACUCUCGUCCGUAAUUGGCUCAUUGAAAUCUAAUGCUGCAUCUGUGUCUGAGAAGGGUCAAAAUAAAUCUUCUGAUGAUUUGCUGGAACUUUCGGAUGCUUUUGAGUUUCAAGAAAAUGAGAUUCUGACUGCCAAGGACAAGCUACGGUCUAUACGAGCAAAGAUAGCCGUGAUAGAAGGAAAGAUGGCAUUGACAAUUAUUGAUGCACAAAAGGUGAUAGAGGAGAAACAGAAGAGGAUCAAUUGUGCUCGCAGAGCUUUGCAACUACUUCGUACUGCUUGCGUGGUCUGGCCUAAUUCUGCAUCAGAGGUUCUCUUAGUAGGAUCAUUUGAUGGUUGGUCAACCCAGAGGAAGAUGGAAAGAUCCAGCACGGGGGUUUUCUCCUUGUUCCUAAAGCUGUAUCCUGGAAAAUACGAGAUUAAAUUCAUUGUUGAUGGCCAAUGGAAGAUCGAUCCAUUACGCCCAAUUGUUAACACCAGUGGAUAUGAAAAUAAUCUACUGAUUAUCACUUAACAGUUUACACCAGGCUUUUUAUAUUCUUUUUUUUCCGGGUGCCAUUGUAGCAUAUUCGUUCAAAUUACAUUGCCUCUCUCUCAACUUCUAGUUUAGUUUUCUUCUAGUCUCCAUCCACGAUGUAAAAAUAUAGAUAGAUAGGACAAUUUUGCCACAAAACUUGAUUAGCUCAAUAAAAGUUGUUGAAGAUUCAUUUCA